AUGAACCAGUUUGGCCCCUCAGCCAUAAUCAACCUCUCCAAUUUCUCAUCUAUAAAACCGGAACCAGCCAGCACCCCUCCACAAGGCUCCAUGGCCAAUAGCACUACUGUGGUAAAGAUACCAAGCACUCCUGGCACAGGAGGUCGACUCAGUCCUGAAAGCAACCAGGUAUUAACGAAGAAGAAAUUGCAAGACUUGGUAAGAGAAGUGGAUCCCAAUGAACAGUUGGAUGAAGAUGUAGAGGAGAUGCUGCUACAGAUUGCCGACGAUUUCAUUGAGAAUGUAGUGACAGCAGCCUGCCAGCUUGCCAGGCAUCGCAAGUCCAGCACCCUAGAGGUGAAAGAUGUCCAGUUGCACCUAGAGCGCCAGUGGAACAUGUGGAUCACAGGUUUUGGCUCAGAAGAAAUUCGACCCUACAAAAAAGCUUGCACCACAGAAGCUCACAAACAGAGAAUGGCAUUGAUCCGGAAAACAACCAAGAAAUAA